GCGAGUCCAAGAGUUCCAAAAGUGACAGAUUACAAAUUGGAUGUAAAUAGUGAUAGUCCUAAAUAAGUGAACUCUGCGUGUAUGUAUACGUUUCUUUUAUCACGCUCAUUAAUAAGGUUCGCAUGCACUGAACAGUUUUUCAGUAACUGUUGAACCCCGAGUUAUUUAAGUGUGAUUGAAUUUGUGAUACUUCCCAUAGUCUGUUUGGCAAUAUUUUAAGCUAUUUGCUUACACUUCAUAUAAAAUGGCAGUAUCCCUUUACGAAAACCCCGAUUUGAAAAGAGAAAGACAAUCUUGUCAUUUUGACAAAGACGAAAUUACUUAUUUGAUUGAUGGAGGUGUAGAAAAAACAAAAUACCGACGUGAACUUGUGCAGUACAUAUUGUCUGAUCCAGACUUGAAGGAUCCUGUGCCGAUUGAAUAUUUGAGCCAUUAUGAAAGAUAUGGUGCAGAGCUAAAGAAAGCUUGCUUGCUUGUACAAAAAAUGAGGAAACCUGUGCCUUCAGUUGGGAAUUAUGAAACUCUUAGGGAGAGACAAAAAAACGGCAAACCACUCGAUAUUGGUGUUGGUCCAGCAGCUGUCAUCCUCAAGGAAGGCAACGCGUUGGGCCUUCAUUUUGUUAUGUUCAUGCCUGCCUUAAUGGGCCAAGCAAGUGUUGAGCAACAACAAAAGUGGCUGCCACGGGCUCUCAAUCUGGAAUUAAUAGGAACAUACGCUCAGACGGAACUUGGCCAUGGAACGUUUCUUCGUGGGCUUGAAACUAAAGCAACUUAUGACCCAGAUACUAAGGAAUUUGUACUCGAGACCCCGUCGUUGUCGGCCUAUAAAUGGUGGCCAGGAGGAUUGGGAAAGACAGCUAAUUAUGCUGUCGUAAUGGCGCAACUGUAUACCAAGGGGAAAUGUGAAGGGAUCCAUCCAUUUCUAGUUCAGCUACGUGAUGAAAAUACUCACGAACCACUGCCAGGAAUUUCUGUGGGUGAAAUUGGUCCAAAACUUGGCUUGAAUUCAAAUGACAAUGGAUAUCUUGGUUUCGAUCAAGUCCGAAUUCCGCGUGAUCAGCUCUUAAUGAAACACUCGCAAGUCCUUGAGGAUGGGACAUAUGUCAAACCGAAAAAUACCAAACUUGGUUACGCUACAAUGGUUUACGUCCGCGUCUUCAUCGUCCAGGAUAUGGCGUCAGUGCUGCGAAGAGCGGUCACAAUAGCUACACGAUACAGCUGUGUUCGUCAUCAAUCCGAGUUGAAACCAGGGGAACCCGAACCGCAAAUUCUUGACUACAAAGCGCAACAAAACAAGCUGUUCCCUGCACUGGCUGCAAGUUUCGCAUUCCAUUUUGCUGCGGAAAACCUCUGGAAUUUGUAUCAUGUUGCCACAGAAAAUAUCGGCAAAGGAGAUUUGCAGAUGUUGCCUGAUCUCCAUGGCAUGUCCUGCGCCAUGAAAGCGCUUUCGACCAGUGAAACGGCAAACUUUGUAGAAACCCUGCGCCAGUCAUGCGGUGGUCAUGGCUACAUGGUGUGUAGCGGCUUUCCUCGACUGUAUGGAGUAGCGACAGCUUCUGAAACGUACGAAGGAGAAAAUACUGUUUUGUGGUUGCAAGUUGCCAGAUAUCUAAUCAAAACGCGCAUGGAUAAUGCAGGAGGAAAAAGCGUAGCCUAUUUGAUUGAUACUAAAUUGCCAGACAACAAACCUGGUGAUCUUGGUCUAGACAGUAUUAUCAACCUGUUUCAGAGAGUUGCUUCAGGUUAUGUAGAUCUGGCUAUGAAGGAGCUUGAAGGGUACAGUCGACAAGGCAAGGCACUCCAUGAUGCGUGGAAUCAAUCAGCGGUUCAAUUAAUCAAAGCAGCGCAAGCUCAUGCCCGUUAUCUUGUUGCUGACUGCUUCGUACGUUGUGUAAGAGAAGGAAAGUUCUCUGGACCGGUUCGUUCAAUUUUGAAUGAAUUAUGCGAAUUCCUCCUUAUCUAUUGGCUCGUUGAGCGCAGUGGAGACUUUUUCAUGUUUGCAGAGCUUAAAGCGCAACAGUUGAUCGAGCUUCAAUCCAAGUACAUGGAGUUACUCGGUACCAUUCGGACUUAUGCCGUGAACCUUGUUGAUGCCUUUGAUAUUCGAGAUGAAGCACUUGGUUCAGUUCUUGGAUGCUGGGACGGUAAUGCUUAUCAGAGGCUCUUCGACGAAGCCUCAAAAAGUCCGUUGAACAAGUCAACUGUCCAUCGAGAGUCAUUUGAAAAAUAUUUGAAACCUUUAAUGCAAUCAAAUCUAUAAAUUUGCCUUAUGAUUACCAUUUAAGGUUGCCUUUGGGGACGUUUUCACAAAGUGCCUUCCAGCUUUGAAUUAUCAUAUAGUUAAUAGUUAUAUAUAGCCAGUUUAGCAUGGAAAACAUUUAUUAUUGAGUUCAAGAGUAUAACAAGUUGACAAGUUUUGGGCAAAUGACAAAAUGUACUAAUUAUUUUCUUACUGAUAUAAACUUGGCAUGGCCGUAUUAGCAUUGAA